AUGGCCGCGGCGCCGGGCUCCCCGCUCCUCUGGGCGCUCCUCCCGCCGCUCCUCACCCUCUGCCCCGCGCAGCCGGAGCCCGCCGGCUCCCGCGGGAUGGGGCUCAGCCUCCACCCGCCGUACUUCAACCUGGCCGCGGCAGCCAGCAUCUGGGCGACGGCCACCUGCGGGGAGGCAGCGGCGGCGGGCGGCGGGCGGCCGGAGCUGUACUGCAAGCUGGUGGGGGGGCCGGCCGCCGCCCCCCUGGGGCGCGCCAUCCAGGGACAGUUUUGCGAUUAUUGCAAUGCUGCUGAUCCCAGUAAAGCUCACCCGGUAACCAAUGCAAUUGAUGGCACGGAGCGCUGGUGGCAAAGUCCUCCUCUGUCUAUGGGCUUGAAGUACAAUGAAGUCAAUGUCACUUUAGAUCUGGGACAGCUCUUCCAUGUUGCCUAUAUCCUUAUCAAGUUUGCAAAUUCUCCUCGUCCAGAUCUCUGGAUCUUAGAAAGAUCAGUGGACUUUGGAAGAACUUACACUCCCUGGCAAUAUUUUGCUCACUCCAAAGCAGAUUGCUUGGAGCGCUUUGGAAAGGAAGCUAAUCUUCAGGUGAGGAGGGACAGCGAUGUCCUUUGCACCACAGAGUACUCUCGCAUUCUGCCUCUUGAAAACGGAGAGAUUGUAGUAUCUUUGGUAAAUGGCCGCCCAGGAGCAAAAAACUUCACUUAUUCCCCCAGUCUUCGAGAAUUCACAAAAGCAACAAACAUCCGCCUUCAUUUUCUCAGAACUAAUACGCUUCUUGGACACUUGAUAUCGAAAGCUCAACGAGACCCCACUGUAACCCGUAGAUAUUACUACAGUAUAAAGGACAUCAGUAUUGGUGGUCGAUGUGUUUGCCAUGGCCAUGCUGAAGUAUGCAAUGCAAAGAGUGCUGAAAGCCAAUACCAGUUUCAGUGUGAAUGUCAGCAUAACACUUGUGGGGAAACCUGUGAUCACUGCUGCCCUGGAUAUAAUCAGAAACAGUGGCAACCUGCAACAGCUGGGAGCACAAAUAUAUGCGAACCCUGCAAUUGCCAUGGACAUGCCAGUGAUUGCUACUACGAUGCUGACGUUGAUGAGCAUCGGGAAAGUUUAAACAUCCAUGGGCAUUAUGAAGGUGGAGGAGUUUGCAUUAACUGCCAGCAUAACACAGCUGGUAUUAACUGUGAGAGGUGUGCAAAAGGUUACUAUCGUCCUUAUGGUGUUCCAGCAAGAGCUCCUGACGGCUGUAUACCCUGCAGUUGUAACUCGGAGCAUGCAGAGGGCUGCGAGGAAGGGUCUGGCCGCUGUGUCUGUAAGCAGAAUUUCCAGGGAGAAAACUGUGAACGCUGUGCUGAUGGAUUCUAUGAUUAUCCAUUUUGUGUCCGUAUUCCUGUAUAUCCUUUUACUUCUCCAAAUCCAAGAGAUGCUAUGGCUGGUGACAUAAUCGAAGGUGGCUGCAAACCAGGGUAUUUUGGCCCCCAGUGUCUGCCAUGCCAGUGCCACGGGGCAGGAGUGCUGGGCGGUGACUGCAAUGGAAAUACCGGACAGUGCAGAUGUCGAACUGGAUUUCAGGGGUUUUCCUGUGAUACCUGCGCAGUUGGGUAUUUUCAUUACCCCUUCUGCCAGGUGUGCGAAUGUAACUUGGCGGGUACCCAGCCCGAAGUCUGUGAUUUUCUCGGGAGAUGUCUUUGUCGCUCAGGGGUGGCUGGACUUCAGUGUGACGGCUGUCAGCCUGGCCACCACUCGUUCCCUGCCUGUCAAGGUGUCAACAGUGAAUGUGACCCUUCAGGUAGUGUUGAUUCUCAUUCCGGCUAUUGCCAAUGUCUUCAGCACGUUGAAGGUCCUACCUGCAGUAAAUGCAAACCAUUGUACUGGAACCUGGCCAAAGAAAACCCUGAGGGAUGUACAGCAUGCCAGUGUGACGUGAGUGGAACACUAAGUGGAAUUGGAGAAUGUCAGCAGGAAAAUGGGCGGUGUUACUGCAAAUCCAACGUUUGUGGAGAUUCCUGUGACACUUGUGAAGCUGGUUAUUAUGCUCUCGAAAACAAGAAUUAUUUUGGCUGCCAAGGCUGCUGGUGCGAUGUCGGAGGAUCCCUCAGCACAGUGUGUGCUGAGCCCUCGGGUGGCUGCCAGUGCAGGGCACACGUCGUGGGGAUGGCCUGUCAGGAGCCUGCAAAAAACUAUUUUUUCCCUGAUCUGCACCACAUGAAGUUUGAGGUUGAAGAUGGUACUACUGUCAAGGGAAGGGAAAUUCGGUUUGGCUAUGAUCCUCAAGAAUUUCCUAGCUUCAGUUGGAGAGGAUAUGUCCAGAUGUCCUCUAUACAACCAGAGGUGGUUGUGCCUAUCACUGUGGCUUCCCCUAAGCUCUUCCACCUAGUCCUCCGGUAUGUCAGCCUGGGCUCAAAAAGCUCUAAAGGGAAGAUCUCAGUUGCUGAGGGAAAACAUUUUGGCACUAAUUAUACUUGGGCUGCUCAGAGCAAAGAGUUUGUCUUCCCACCCAGCAAGGAGCCAGCUUUUGUCACAAUCCCAGGAAAAAGCUCUACAGAGCCUUUCUCACUGGUUCCAGGCACAUGGACUGUCAGUAUAAUGGCAGAGGAAGUCCUCUUGGAUUAUAUGGUGCUGUUACCUAGUGAUUACUACGAAGCAUCCAUCUUGCAGAUACAAGUUACAGAGCCUUGCACCUAUUCAGGACGUUCUUCAACAGAGCACUGCUUGCUCUAUCAGCAUUUGCCAUUGGACAGAUUUUCCUGUGUCCUUGGUUCAGAGGCAGCGUAUUUCAGACAUGGGGGAGGAUACAGAAGAAUACCUGUGCGACAGCCAACUCCUGAUCAACCAGUGAUGUCCCAUAUCAGUGGAAGAGAGGUCAAUUUACAGAUGAUCAUAAAUGUUCCUCAAGUCGGUCGCUAUGUUCUGGUUUUUGAAUAUGCCAAUGAAGAGGAUCGGUUAUACACUGUCGGGGUAAUAAUGCAUAGCCCUGGACCUGUCACUGAAGGCAGAGUGAGAAUAUACAGUUGUAAAUACAGUUUUCUUUGUCGCAGCAUUGUAGUUGACGAUAGGAAUCGCAUUGCAGUCUAUGACCUUCUAGCAGAUACAAAGAUACAUCUUAAGGCAUCAUCAAUUAAUUUUCUUUUGCACAAGGUUUGUAUUAUAUCAGCUGAAGAAUUUUCUCCAGAAUAUGUGGAUCCUAAAGUACAGUGCAUAGCUGCUUACAGGAGUACCCGUGACAGAAGUGCAACAUGCAUUCCCUCGGUGUAUGAAACUCCACCAGCAGCUUUGGUUUUGGAUGCAUUCAAGGAUGGGAAAAUUUCUGAAGGACGGAGAAAUAUACUCUAUGAUCCACUGAGUGCCCCUUUACCUUCUGACUCAGUUAAUGGAGUCACCUUGACACCAUUGCAGAACCAGAUUACCUUGAGUGGCAGGGUGUCCCGCUUGGGCAGGUACGUAUUUGUGGUACAUUUUUAUCAGCUAGCACACCCGGUGUUCCCUGUGCAAGUGCGUGUGGAUGCAGGACGUGUGUGGUCAGGUUCCUUCAAUGCUUCAUUCUGCCCUCAUACCUCUGGCUGUCGGGAUCAGGUGAUUGCAGAAAACCAAAUUGAGCUUGACAUUUCUGAACCCAAGGUCUCUGUUACAGUGAUGAUACCUGAUGGAAGAAUGCUGGUUCUGGAAAAUGUCUUAGUUGUUCCAGCAGAAACCUACAGUUACAAAAUUCUUGACAAAAAGACAGUGGACAAGUCAUUUGAUUUUAUCAGCCAAUGUGGAGGAAACAGUUUUUAUAUUGACCCAGAAGGAUCAUCGGCCUUCUGUAAGGACUCUGUAAGGUCACUAGUGGCUUUCUACAACAACGGAGCCCUGCCAUGUAAUUGCCAUAGUGCAGGUGCCACGAGCCCUACUUGCAGCCCCCUGGGAGGACAGUGUAUUUGCAGACCUCAUGUCAUCGGUCGUCAGUGCAGCCGAUGCCAAACUGGCUACUAUGGAUUUCCAUUCUGCAAGUUAUGCAACUGCGGGCAGCGUCUCUGUGAUGACAUGACUGGUAAAUGCAUUUGCCCGCCACGAACUGUGAAACCAAAGUGUGAAGUGUGCGAGAAACAUUACUUCAGCUAUCACCCUCUUGCUGGCUGUGAGAGCUGCAACUGUUCAGAAAGAGGAGUCAUUAAUGUAGCAAACCCAGAAUGUGAAAAAAACAACGGGCAAUGCAAAUGCAAACCAGGAAUAAAAGGACGGCAGUGUGAUCAGUGUGCUCCUGGUACUUACGGUUUCCCAAGCUGCGUGCCAUGUAACUGCAACAGAGAUGGAACAGAACCGGAUGUUUGCGAUCCCCAGACAGGAAUUUGUCUCUGCAAGGAGAAUAUUGAAGGUGCAGAAUGUGAUAUUUGCCGGCCAGGAUCCUUUUAUCUGGACCCUUCUAAUCCCAAGGGAUGCACCUCUUGCUUUUGUUUUGGGGCAACCAGCAACUGUCGCAGCACAAAUCGUCGUAGAACCAAGUUUGUGGACAUGAGGAACUGGCGCUUGGAGGCAGUGGAUGAAAAUAUUGACAUUCCAGUCACUUUCAAUCCAGUCAGUAAUAGUGUAGUGGCUGAUGUUCAAGAAUUGCCUGCUUCAGUGCAUAGUUUGUACUGGAAAGCACCACCGUCUUACCUGGGAGAGAAGCUUUCUUCAUAUGGUGGCUUCCUAAGUUACCAAGUGAAAUCUUUUGGCUUACCUAGUGAGGGCAUGGUUCUUUUGGAUAAAAGACCUGAUAUACAACUAACAGGCCAGCAAAUGAAAGUUGUUUAUAUGGAUCCCAACAACCCACUGCCUGACCGUCAAUAUUAUGGCCGUGUGCAGCUAGUUGAGGGAAACUUCAGGCAUGCCAGCAGCAAUAACCUUGUAUCCAGAGAAGAACUGAUGAUAAUCCUGUCUAGACUAGAUGGUUUACACAUCAGAGGCCUUUACUUCACGGAGACUCAGCGAUUAACCCUUGGUGAGGUUGGGCUGGAAGAAGCCACCAGCGCAGGAAGCGGCAGCGUUGCAUACACUGUAGAGACAUGCUCCUGCCCUCCGGAGUACGCUGGUGACUCAUGUCAGGAAUGUGGUCUUGGAUUUUAUCGUGAGAAUAAAGGACUAUUUACUGGACGCUGUGUCCCUUGCAACUGCAAUGGAAAUUCAAAUAGGUGUCAGGAUGGUACUGGAAAAUGUAUUAACUGUCAGUAUAAUACUGCUGGGGAGAAAUGUGAGCGCUGUAAAGAUGGUUAUUUUGGAGAUGCCACUCAAGGUUCCUGUCGGGCGUGCCCUUGCCCUUAUACAAACAGAUUUGCAACUGGCUGUGUGGCAAAUGGUGAAGAAAUUCAGUGUCUCUGUAAAGAAGGCUAUACUGGCGUUCGUUGUGAACGCUGUGCUCCAGGAUAUUUUGGAAAUCCACAAAAACAUGGAGGCUACUGUCAGAAAUGUAAUUGUAAUAAUGGACAGCUGGCUAGCUGCGACCGCCUGACUGGAGAAUGUUUCAAUAACGAACCAAAAGAUGUGGAUCCCAAUGAAGAUUGUGACCCUUGCGAUAGCUGUGUAAUUACACUGCUGAAGGAUUUGAGCACAAUAGGUGACGAGCUUCAGCUGAUUAAGUCUCAGCUGCAAAACGUCCAUGCCAGUACCCACACACUGGAGCAGAUGAGACAUCUGGAAACACGCAUCAAGGACUUAAAGGUCUUAUUGAACAAUUACCGUUCUGUUGUUCAUAAUCAGGGUUCAAAGGUAGAUGAGUUGGAGACAGAAUUUAUUAACCUGAAUCAUGAUAUAAAUGCUCUUCAGGAAAAGGCUGAAAUGAACUACAAAGCAGCUGAGAUAUUAUUUCAUAAUUUUGGCCAAACUCAUCAGAAAGGAAAAGAUUUGGUUUCACGAAUAGAAAUAGUUGUCAACAAUAUACAAGUGCUCUUAGAACAAAUAGCUGGUACAAAUGCAGAAGGUAACAACUUGCCCUUGGGAGAUGCUGCCAAAGAACUGAACGAAGCUCAACGUAUGAUGACAGAGAUGCGAAACCGCAACUUUGGCCAACUUCUAGCACAGGCGGAGAAGGAGAGAACAGAAGCUCAGCUGCUACUGGCACGUAUUAAGAAUGAACUACAAAAGUACCACCAAGAAAAUCAUGGGCUUAUUAAAAUUGUGAGGGAUUCAUUGAAUGAAUAUGAAUCCAAAAUCACUGACCUUCGUGAAGCUCUGAAUAAGGCGACAGGACAAAUCAAGCAGGCUGAAAACUUAAACAGAGAUAAUGGAGUUCUGUUGGAAGACAUUAAGAAACGGAUUGAGGAGACAAAUGUACAGCAGAAUGGUAUCUUGGAUAUUCUAAGCUCUGCCCGAUCUUCCCUGACACAAGCUAACAGUGUACUUGGAUUACUGCAAAAGAGCAAAGAGGAAUAUGAAAGCCUGGCUGCUCAGCUGGAUGGAGCAAGGAAGGAUAUGAAUGAAAAGCUCACAAAUCACUCUUUAUCAGCAAGCAAAGAACCAUUGGUGGUGAGGGCUGAGGAACAUGCCAAAUCUUUGCAAGACUUGGCAAAACAACUGGAAGAAAUAAAGAACAGUGCCAGGAAGGACGAGCUGGUAGGCUGUGCUGUGGAAGCUUCUACUGCCUAUGACAAUAUUAUUAAUGCCAUCAAAGCAGCAGAGGAAGCAGCUAACAAAGCUGGGAAUGCAGCUGACUCAGCUUUAUCGACUGUGAAGAGAGAAGACCUAUCAGGAAAAGCUGCAAAGUUAAAAACUGAGAGCAGUGCACUCUUGAAUCAAGCACAAGAGACUGAAAGAACAUUGCAAGCUAUUGGUCCAACCCUUGAAGACAUAAAGCAAAGACUUGAUGUUGCUGAUGGAAAGAAGAAUACACUGCAAAUUGAUCUUGUCACUCUUCAAAAUAAUCUCAAUGGGAUAAACAGAGAUGACAUCGACAGCAUCAUCACCGGUGCAAAGAACAUGGUAAAUAGCGCCAAGGAUGUCACAACUAAUGUAUUGGAUGAACUGCUCCCAAUUCAAGCAGAUGUGGAAAAAAUGAAGAGUACCUAUGGAAACACACAGAGUGCUGGCUUCAGUAAAGCACUGAUGGAGGCAAACAAUUCAGUAAAAAAAUUGACAAACAAACUUCCAGAUCUGUUCAGCAAGAUUGAGACUAUCAACCAACAGCUGAUGCCAAUAAGCAACAUCUCUGAGAACGUAAAUCGCAUAAGAGAGCUGAUUCAGCAGGCAAGAGAUGCUGCAAAUAAGGUUGCUAUUCCUAUGAGGUUCAAUGGCAGCUCUGGUGUAGAGGUUCGACCUCCAAGCAACCUUGAAGAUCUGAAAGGCUAUACUUCACUUUCUUUCUUUCUCCAAAGACCUCAGACAAGAUUAGACACCCCCCAGAGGGCAUCAAAUAAGUUUGUACUGUACCUGGGUAAUAAAGAUGCUUCCAAGGACUAUAUUGGUAUGGCUGUGAAAGAUGGUCACCUCACUUGUGUCUAUAACCUGGGAGAUGGUGAUGUAGAAAUAGAUGUGCAGCCAUUUGUGACUCAAAGUGAAACUGAGGAAGCAGUUAUGGAUCAAGUUAAGUUUGAAAGGAUUUACCAGCAUGUAAAGCUGAAUUACAUCAAGGCAGCAACAUCAACUUCUCCAGAGUAUGAAAGCCCUUUGACUGCAAGCAGUGGAGGCAAUGACAUUCUCCUAAAUCUUGAUCCCAGCACUGUUGUCUUUUAUGUUGGAGGAUAUCCACCAGAUUUUAGGCCUCCACGUAAGCUAGACUAUCCUCAUUAUGAAGGCUGCAUUGAAUUAGACAACCUAAACGAGCAUAUUAUCAGCCUUUACAACUUCAAGAGGACAUUUAAUCUCAAUACCACUGAAGUGCAACCCUGCAGAAGGUAUAAAGAAGAGACUGACCAAAGCUAUUUUGAAGGCACUGGUUAUGCCAGUGUCACAUUGAAAGAACCAAACACCCACAGCCAAGUACGCUACGAGCAGACAAUUGAGACUACUGCAGAUGAAGGCAUUGUGUUUUUUGCAGCAAAUGGGGAUCAGUUCAUCAGUGUGCUCAUUAAAGAUGGUCACAGAGUUUUUAGAUACAAAGUUGGCUCUGAACCUCCAAAAGAAAUAGAAAACAAUGCAACUGUAAAUGAUGGAUCAUAUAAACAAAUUAAUUUGCUGCUUGCCCGAAGUAAGAAAACUGUUCAUGUCAGUCCUGAUAUUAAAGCCAACAUAAAUGUCUUCCUUUUCACUAAAUACUAUCUAGGUGGAAUUCCACCUUCUCUACGGGAACGCUUUAAUAUAUCCACACCUCCAUUCCGGGGCUGCAUGAAGAAUGUGAAAAACCCUAACACUGCCUCUGUUAUUUUUGACGAGACUGUUGGUGUCAGCAAGAAAUGUUCAGAUGACUGGAAGCUCGUCAGAUCUGCAGCUUUCUCCAAGAAGGGAACACUGAGCCUGAGUGUGGUGGGUUUCCCAUUUCCCAAGGAUUUCCAAGUUGGCUUUGGCUUUCAGACCAUGGCAUCGACUGGAACGCUCUUAAAUUACAAUCUAUGGCCUAAUACUCUUACCAUCUUUCUGAGACCUGGCUUUGUAACUGCAAAGAUGGGAGAGAAGGAAAUCAAACUGAAAAAGAAAUAUGAAGAUGGGUCAAUGCAUUAUGUGACAGUAAUAAAAACAGACAACACAGUACAUCUGCUGGUUGAUGAUGAGUCGUCAUUAGCAUCAGUUGACUCUCCAAGAGCACGGGCAUUAUUUGAACCUAUAAAAUUUGGUGGAGAUAAUUUUGAAGGCUGCAUCUCAAACAUCUUUAUAGAAAGGGCAGGUCAGCUCCCUGAGGUUCAAGAUCUCGUUAAUUAUACUGCAAAGACUGGUGUGUCCCUUGGAGCUUGCCGCAAAUACGAGAACCUUGAACCACUACUGCUGAAAGAAUUUAAAAAACCUCUCAGGCUUAAGAUGCUCAAGAAUGAAAAAUACCUUGAUUAUUUGAAAGCCGCUAAUGUGCAAAACCACACUUUACCAACUCAGUUAAAUGUCAGCAGUGAAGCGUAUCUCCUUGGAAACACCCCCAACAGUUUCAUAUCCUACAUGUUUUCUCCCCCAUCAUCUACGGACAGGUUACAUUUUUCUGUAGAUGUACGGACUCGAUCAUCAAGAGGAUUAAUAGUUUUCAUGGAGGAAAGGUCUGAGGACUCUUAUAUGGCUCUCCACAUUUCAAAAGGACAUUUUGUCUUUUCACUUGGCUCUGGCAGAAAACGAAUCAAAAUCAAAACCAGUAUUAAAUACAAUGAUGGGCAAUGGCACACUGUGGUCUUCAGCACAGAUGGGAAGAAUGUUCACCUUAUUGUUGAUGGUCUAAGAGCCCAGCAUGGAAGAUUAGCAACAAAUUCUGCCAUCAGCAUUAAGCCACCGAUCUAUGUGGGAGGGCUGCCAUCACUGAAAAGACAGAAUAUACCCAUGAACAGUUUCAAGGGUUGCCUGAGGAAUUUUAAGCUGAAUGGAAAAGUCAUGAAUGAACCUCAACAAAAAAAUGGCAUACUUCCAUGUCUGGAUGUACCCAUGGACACAGGGAUUUAUUUCUUUAAUAAAGGAGGAUAUAUCACCAUUGGUAAUUUGCUGAUGGCCUUGGAUUUUAGGAUUGUAUUUACCAUUCGACCAAGGACUUCAACAGGUAUACUCCUCCAUGCUGGAAGCAAGCAAGACAACUACUUGACUAUUUACAUGGAAGGAGGAAAGGUCAUUGCUGCUGGAAAUAGUGGUGCUGGAGAAUUCCAGACAUCAGUCACACCUAAGCAACCUCUGUCUAACGGACAGUGGCAUACUGUUGCAGUCUCUCAGAAGGAGAAUACAGUGCAGCUAGAGGUGGGCACACAGAGUAACUAUACCACUGGACUUCCACCCUCUCCUCCUAGACAUGUUCAUCAGCCACUCUACUUUGGCAAAAUUCCAGCACAUUUGGACAUACUGUGGCUUCCAGUUAAAGAUCCAUUUUUUGGCUGUCUUCGGAACAUUAAUAUCAAUGACAAACAUGUCUCCAGCAGGAGAAUUUCAGAGGUUCAUGGUGUAGUGAGUUUGCACGGGUGCCCGACAAAGUAA